ACGCAUUCUAGGCUAGCAUCUGCCGCAACCAGGCAUUGCAGACCAGCGUCUGCCACAACCAGGCAUUGCAGACCAGCGUCUGCCGCAACCACGCAUUGCAGACCAGCAGCGAGGCGCAACGAGGCCAGCUCAAGGUGACCGGGAGGGUACAACAGCAAGCGCAAACCCUCCACCAACUUUGUCCACUCGGGCAGAGCUAGCGGCACCGGUCGCUUUUCCAUCUACUCUAGCCCAGAUACAGCCUGCGAGCCCUGGCAUGUACCAAACACAGAGCCAAGAGUAUCGCGUUGAUGUAGAGGUAGACGUACAGAGGGUUCUGCAAAAUCUCUUUUAUACUUGGGACCAGCAGUGUCUUAAGAAAUUACUCCCAGACUGGAUUGACAUGGCGGAGCCGUCGAAAUUCCAUCAGUAUCCGUACCGUGACUAUCGAAAAAAAGCGACUCCAAGUGAGAAUCUGUACGCUCGUCCAGAGUGGUGGCCAGUGCGUGCUCGACACUGCAACCCAAGUGAUUACAGGUACACCCAUGUUGAACGGGUCUAUGUUGCAGAGGCCUUAUUUCGUCUCCGCGGCCGCGGCAGCACUUGGAUUCCGCGGCUUGAAUGCAGCUCUUACCGCACUAUUCGCGCUAUAGCGGGAGUCCAGGACGCAUCCCACCCUAUAUGGGGCACUUGGAUGGAGAUCCAUAGAAUAAUAGGAGUAGAAGAACAGUUCUACCAGGAUAACCCUCAGUACACAGGCAAGCUACAUACGCUAGUUCUUUGCUAUCCUCCUAGCUAAACCUAUUACUCAUACAUUGAUAUUUUCCAGGCAUCCAUACUCUCCAGAAGGUGAACAUGCCGAUGCAGCCUUUGCUCCAUAAACCUUACAGCCCACGCGCAGGUCAACUACGC